AUGCCAACUAAUAACAUAGGUACCUACAGACAGGCCAGGCCCACCAAGUGGGCCACUGUCAUGCUCCUCAUUUGCUGUGGCGCUAUGAGGCGGCCCACCUACCUUCCACCUCAGCAUCCAGCGUACUCCGAAACCGACCGAGAGCUCCUCCGCUUCAGCUCCACGGACGGGCCAACCAAGGACGGUCUUGACUAUGAAUUUGCAUUGAUCUGUUGUGGAAUCGUGACGGGAAAUACUUGGGCGAGCGGGUGGAUAGCAGUCCUCCAAGACGAACAGUAUUCGCGUGUGAACAGGCCAGCCAACGGCGUGCUCAGGGGCAGUACCUAUUACUACUUUGUCGGCGAUCAUGCACCGACGCAUAAAUACCCCAUCGUUCCGUCUUUUCACCAUUGGCGAUUCCCGCAUGACGCGCUUCCCAAUAUUUGGGCUCGCCUUGAGAUACCCGCCCAAGACACGCAACAAGACGAGGCAGUUCUGGCGCGCGACGUCACAUGCCGUGUAUCAGCACAUAAAGGAGCUCGAGAGCUAGCCCAUCUUGUGCCGGUAACGGAAGGAAACUGGUUUACAAACAACGGAAUGCGCCGAUACUGCCGUAAUCCGGUCGGCGGCAUGGCUAUCAAUGAUACAAUGAACAUACUUGUUCUCCGGAAGGACCUGCAUUUCUUGUUUGAUCAUCGCCGCUUUGUAUUCGCCGCAAAGCGUGACCGAUCAGACGCCGUCCACCUCGUGGUACAUGUACUGAGCCACGAGAAAGCCGAGGAAAUUAUCGACCUCUACCAUAAUAGGCGGACACAAGCGCUUCACGGUGUCUCCGCUGAGAUGGUCUUUGCACGCCUCGCGUGGGCAUUAUUCACGUCAGCGGACUUUCCGGCCUUUGACGGCGCGGCAAAAAUGGCAGUCAGGCUUUUCAAUGCGGAAACAUCUCAAACACAGGCUCAGGCUCUCGAUCAGCACGAUAUUUGUGGCAGAUUAAGAUCAUUCAAGCCUUACUCGCGAAGUCGAAGCAAAAGUGGCAGCCCCACCGAACGGGCUCUCGACGAGAUCAAUGAAGCGGACGGCUUCUGUGACUAUUUGUCUGAAUCAGCUGACGAUCUCUGGGGUGAUGAGCUUGACGAUUGCUAUUCUCGCGGCUUGAACAGUGUGACGCCGCCUCGAGGGCGGAGUCGCAAGCGGAAGCGUGGUCGUGAUAUGGAUAUGCAAGACUCGCCGCCUGGACUCUUGUUCGUUCAACCUCGCCAUUUAAGGCCGCUUCGUCGCCGCAUUCGGCACAUACAGAAACCGUUCCGCGUGAUAGUCAAGGCUCGCUUCAGGCUACUAACACAAAGGAGGUGGGACAAGGUGAUGCGACUAUUAAGCUAG